AUGGACCGUGAUAGAGUCUCUAGUUCCAUUAACUCUCCUCCAUAUUUUGAUGGGAAAGAUUAUUCUCAAUGGAAAGUAAUGAUGAUGGCUUUCCUGCAAUCUCAAGAGGAUAAGUUGUGGAACAUUAUAGAGAAGGGUUGGAUAGAACCAACUAAAAAGGAAACUGAAACUUCAAAUCCUAUUCCUAAACCAAGAGGUGAGUGGACUGUUGCUGAGCAAUUUGAUCACAAAUGUGAUACUAAAGCUCGCUAUAGCCUUUUCGCUGCCUUGUCGGAUAAGGAAAGAAAAAGAAUUACAAAUUGUCCAACUGCUAAAGCUUCUUGGGAAUUACUUCAAACCACUCAUGAGGGUAACAAAAAGGUGAAGGCACAAAAACUUCAAAGCCUUGUGCUUGAAUUUGAAGAAAUGACUAUGAGAGAGGAUGAAUCUGUUGAUGACUUCCAUAGUCGCCUCAUCAAUAUUACCAAUCAAUGUCAUGGGUUGGGUGAUCCUAUUUUAGAGCAUAGAAUUGUGAAAAAGUUUCUUCGAGCUCUUCCUCCUAGUUUUGAGGCUAAGCAAAUUGCCAUUGAGGAAGCUCAAGAUCUUGAUUCAUACUCAUUAGAUGAGCUUGUAGGAAAUUUGAAAACCUUUGAGUCAAAAAGGAGAAAGGGUAAGAAAGAAAAAUCAAUUGCUUUAAGCACUUUGAAAAAAGAAGAAGACCCUUCUGAUUUUAAUCUAGAUGAAUUUGCUCUUCUCACAAAACAGUUCAAAAAAUUUCUUAAAUCUGGAAGGCCAUUCUCUUCUAAAAAUUUUUCUGGUUCCACUUCUUCCAAAAGAAAUCAAAUCGAUGAUGCUUCUAAUGACAAAUACUCAAAGUCUUCCAAGCCUUUUCAAAAGAAGUUUUUCAGUGAAAAACCAAAAUGUUUUGAGUGUCAAGGAUAUGGUCAUCUUGCUGCUGAUUGUGCAAACAAGAAAUAUAAGUCUCAAUCAAAUAGAGCUUUUAAAACCUCUUGGAGUGAUAUUGAAUCUGAAACUCAGUCCGACCAUGAAGAGGAAAAUGUUGCUCUUGUUGGUACCACCCAAAAUGAGUCCUCAGAUGAAUCUAAUGAUGAUGAGCACUCUGAGGAGGUAGCCUCUAACAAGUUCCAGCAACUGUACAAGGCCUCAAAAAUAAUGAUUGGAAAGACUGAGGAAUUGAAGGAUCAACUUGCUGUUUGUGAAAAAGAAAAAUCUGGGAUAGCUGAGAAGUUGCAAUCCUGCAAGAAGAAGUGGGAAAUUGAAAGAAAUGCAUUGGUAAGUCAAGUGGAGACUCUGCAAGAGAACUUGAAUGCUCAAAUCAGGUUAGUCAAUUCUUUAACUUCUGAAAAAAUCUCUCUUGAAAAAUCCUUACAUGAUUCUCAAGAAAAGUUUUCAAAAUUUUCAAUUGGAUCUGAUAAAGUUUCCAAAAUGAUUGGAAUGGGCAAAGUUGAUAGGGACAAAAAGGGUCUUGGUUUUCAUUCUGGAGAAAGCUCCUCUAAAAAGCCAACUAUUUUUGUGAAAAGUAGGUUGCUGCCUAAAGAAAAUGUCCCUAAGUCAUCCAAAAAAUUCAUUCCUAUUUGUCACCAUUGUGGUAUUACUGGACACAUUAGACCAAGGUGUCAUAAACUCAGAAAUAGUCCUCAAAAGUCUACAAGGUCUCAUGAAAACUCUCUGCUUCUUUCUUUACAGUCAACUCUGGAAAAAUCUUUGAAAGAAUUUGGUAGGAUUGCUAAACUUGUUGCAAUCCCGAGAAAAGAAAAUGUUGUUUGGGCAAAGAAAAAUAAGUCAUUUCAUCCACUUGCUUCUACUGAUUUUAAACCCUUUGACAUUUGUGGAACUGAUUCUGAACCUUCUGAAAUGUGUCUUCUAUCCUCUUUAUGUUUCUCACAUGUUGAAGAAAAUGACUCCAUUGCUACUUGUUUGGUUGCUCUUACGGCUCUAUCAUCUAGAAAAGCUGAUACUUGGUAUUUGGAUAGUGGGUGCUCUAGGCACAUGACAGGUGAUAAAAACUGGUUCUCAUCCUUCUAUGAUGAGGCUAUCAGUGGUUCUGUCACUUUUGGUGAUGGAAAGAAAGCAAAGGUUGUGGGAAAAGGGAUUGUAACUGCUCCUGGUAUCCCAAAUUUAAAAAAUGUGUUGUAUGUUGAAGGGCUCCAAGCUAAUCUUAUUAGUGUAAGUCAAUUGAGUGAUGACUUUGAAGAGGUUAGAUUCAAUAAGCUGAGAUGUCUUGUUCUUGAUGAUUUGUCUUAG